GUCAGAGGAGAGGUGGCUGGGCCAGUACCUGCCCAGGUUCCUGCCAGGAACGGGACCUGCACCUGGAAACUAAAAGGAAAACCUUUCAAGCUAUGGUGGUGACAACACAGUGAGAGCUCAAAAAAUGAGCCAGCUCCGGACCACAAAGGCUGGGCUGGUGGCAUGUGGCAUGAUUUGCGCCUUCAUCUUUCUUUACUUGAGAAACCCAGGUCCUGAGGAGGCUGAGGCUGAGCCCACCAACCCAGCUGUGGUGGACUGUGGCUUCUAUCCAGAUGAACUGUGCUCAGCUUUAUUUGAUGGGAAAAAGGCAGCUCCCCAAAUCGCUCAAUUCUGCAAACCCCCUCAGAACUCUGAAGUACCUGCUCACUUGCGCACACCUGCAAACUGCUCCAGGAUGGCCCGGGGGCUGCACUUCAUAACCAGACCCCUGUCUGCAGAAGAGGGGAACUUCUCGUUGGCCUAUGUUAUACAUGCUCCUAGGGAGCUAGCCAUGUUCGUGCGGCUUCUCAGAGCGAUUUAUGCACCUCAGAAUGUCUACUGUAUCCACAUUGAUGAAAAUGCCCCAAAGAAGUUUAAGAGUGCCAUGCAAACCUUUGUGGACUGUUUUGGAAAUGUUUUUCUUUCAUCAAAGACACAGAAGGUGGCUCAUGACAACCUCAGGAGGCUGCAGGCAGAGAUUGACUGCAUGAGGGAUCUAGUCCACUCCCCAUUUCAAUGGCACUAUGUCAUGAAUCUCUGUGGACAGGAAUUCCCUAUCAAAACCAACAAAGAAAUCAUCCACUACAUCAGAACCAGGUGGAAGGGUAAAAACAUCACUCCUGGGGUGAUCCCACCCCCAAACUCCAAACCCAAGACAGGCCAAGGCUCUCCAAAGCCCAGCCCCAAUGAAAACAGCUACACAUCUCCAAAUACAAUAUUCAAACAAAACCCACCUCACAAUCUAACAAUUUCCUCUGGAAGUGCUCACUACGCACUUACGAGAAAGUUUGUAGGGUUUGUCCUAACUGAUCCCCGUGCAAAAGACAUGCUGCAGUGGUCCAAAGACAUCCAAAGCCCGGAGCAGCACUACUGGGUGACCCUGAACCGACUGAAAGAUGCUCCAGGUGCCACACCAGAUGCUGGAUGGGAAGGACACAUUCGAGCCACAAAACGGAGAACAGAGGCAGGAGAUGGUCACAAGGGGUGCACAGACCAUGAUGCCCAAGACACUUGUGUGUACAGCCUGGGAGACCUGCCUUGGCUCAUCCAGCUGCCAGCUUUCUUUGCCACGCUGGAGCCCUCCUCGGACCCACUGGUGGGGGUAUGCCUAGAGAGGUGGCACCGACUCAAAGCCCUACAGCAGGCCAAGGUCCCUCCAGAGCCACACUGGCGGUUUCCCCAGGAAAGUCACUUCAACAGUCACCCUCACCACUAAGGCGCGUGUCAGCACUGCUCUUUAAAUUCCUGGAUGUGAAUGAUUUCAAAAAUGAUGCAGAGACAUGUGCCACCAGACCUCACCACUGCAGAGGCAGGGAGAGACCUAUGAGGAAAACACCCGAGGCUGUGGCUGUGAGCCCAAGCCAACAGCUGGAGGCCCAGCACAUUAUCAGCUGCCGAGUCUCUCCACCUGCUCAAUCCAGUUCACAUCGGAC